AUUUGAACCCCAUUAACCAGUGGGAGGUGGAGUCAGGUAUAUAGAGCAGAGGAAGGAAGGGAAGGGUCAGAUACUUGGUGACCAUGGCUGCUCUUGGAUCUUUGUUGCUGACACUGCUUCUACUUGUUCUGGUGCUCUCGCAAGAAGAUCUAAAAAGAAAGUGGAGGAAGGAGAGACUAAAGAAACUAUGGUUAUCCAGUGACGUAUCAUCAGGUGCUCUCUCGGACAAUGCGUCAAACCUACGGUCAAGAAACCAGGAUUUCUUCAAGCCUUCGAGGCCACUGUACGGUAACUCUUCUGAGCCGAAGAACGUACAGUGGAAGUCGCUCAGGAAUGAUCAGUUGGAUUUUGCUGAAUCUUUGCUUAAACGAAAAGUAUCAUCUGCAAGCAACAGUAGGAAGGCAGUCACGCUAAUAUGUCAAAUAACAAGUGGGCCCCAUUAUAACCCAUCUCAGGCUACAGAGGCAACAACCUUAAGGUCGAGAGACCCAACAACUACAGUGCCAGUACAGUCAACUUUCCAGCCAAAUGAAACAGUGACUCUUCAGUCUUUCGAUUCAGUGACUUUCCUCUCAUCAGACCCCAUAACAUUUGUGUCAUCAGACACAAACACUUCCUACGCAGAGCCAAUCAAUUCCCAGACACCAUUAGAAACAGCUACUUUCCCAUCAUCAGAAACAUCUACAUUGCCUUUAUCAGAAGCAACAACUGAGGAAUCAACAAACUCGGUAAUUUUUCCAUCAACGGAAUCAAUAGAUUUCCAGUCCUCAGAACCAACCAUUUCCCCAACACAAGAAGCACUCACCUCCAGUCCAACAUAUACACUGACAUGCCACCUUGCCAGGCCUGACACAAAGCCCGCCAGAUUCAAGCCAUCAGUGGGAGCUGCUGGCAAUUUCCAACCGCGACUACGAUUACGCUCAAAGCCCAGUCUUGCCAAGUUCCAGCCAUCAGAUGAUAUUGCUUUAGAACCUGACAGUUCCCAGCAACAAACAAGAUUAGACUCACAAUCGAAGCUUGCCAAGUUCCAGCCAACAGAUGAUGACGCCUUAGAACAUGACAGUUCUCAGCAACAAGUACGAUUAGACUCACAAGCGAAGCUUGCCACGUCUCAGCCAUCAGAGGAUGCCGCAGCGUUGCCAGAACCUGAAAGUUUCCAACCACGAGCACGUGUAAACUUGAAAUCUAAAUUUGCCCAAUUCCAUCCAUCAGAUGACGUCGUCUCAUGGGCAGAUCCUGUAAGCUUCCAGCCACGGUCCGCCACACCGCCUGAUGAGGAGAUCCCUACACCACGAUGCGACUACUUGAAGUUCCACCCUCGGCACAGUAUGUUGCUGGAAAACAAUACGAAGUGUAACAUCCAGAAGAGAGGAGUGUCUCUGCAGGAGAAGAAACAGAUCUUAAUGUUACACAACACCCACAGAGCCAAGGUGGCAAGAGGAGACGAACAGCUGGGUAACCCGGGUCCCCAGCCACCGGCUGCCAACAUGGGUGUUUUGGUGUGGAACGACGAACUGGCCGAAGUUGCUCAGGCCUGGGCUAAUCAGUGUCGUCUGUCCUACGAUGGUUUUGACGAACGACGUAUCUGCUCACGGAAGUACAUCGUGGGACAGAACUUGUACUUUAAAUUAGCAGGGAACCUUUCUGCGAGCUGGCCAGAAGUCAUCCAUCAUUGGUACCUGGAAGUGGCUAACUUACCCAGCACCUUCGUUGACAGCUUCCGAGUCAACUCCUCGACUAAGAAGUUCACCAGCUACACCAAGAUGAUCUGGGGCGAGACACGAGAGGUGGGGUGUGGUGCUGUCUACUACCUUCAGCGUGAAGUACAAGUAAGCCACCUUUAUGUGUGCAAUUACGGACCCUCUGGCAACACCAUAGGGGACCCUAUUUACGAGGUGGGGCCCCCAGCCACGGCCUGCAGCAGCGGUGUUCCAUCCACCACCUAUAAGGGUCUCUGUGAUGUAUCUACCAGUCAUUAAGAUUUACGACACAUGAUUCUGUAAACUCACGACAUAGUGAGGAACACACACAUAUACUGUAUAACAAGCUUGUCAAUAUUAGUGGUAUAAUAUUAAGAAGACGUUUCGCCCUCCAGAGAAUUUAUGAAUUCACCUUAAUAAAAUCUCUAAGGAGCGAAACGUUCUCUCAAAAUGCCAUAAACAGCAAAUACUGUUUUAGCACAAGCUUUUCUUGGGACGUCUAUGUCCCAAUAAAAGCUUGUUCAUCACUGUGUGUCUAUUCUUCGCUGUUGUCAACAGCAGUCUAAUCAAUAUCACGUUGAGUUGAAUUGUAAUCUUGAAGCGAAACUUAAACGAGUUUCCAACCAAAAUUGUUAUAGACUAACAAUAUACUAACUUGUAUACUUAACUGAUAAUAAAGACAACGCAUUUC